GAUUCUUAUACUGCACUCUUCCUUCUUCUAGUGUACUGGAUUGCUUAGGUACUUGGCUUACUUUUGUGUCUUGAGUAUCUUGGCUUACUUUAGGUACUUCGCGUGCUUGGGUGUCUUGCCCUACUUGUGUGUCUUGGCCUACUUGCCCUACUUCAGUGACUUGGCGUACUUGAGUGUCUUGGCCUACUUCAGUAACUUAACGUACUUGAGUGUCUUGGCCUACUUCAGUAACUUGGCGUACUUGAGGUACUUUGCUUACUUCAGUAACUUGGCGUGCUUGAGUGUCUUGGCCUACUUCAGUAACUUGGCGUACUUGAGUGUCUUGGCCUACUUCAGUAACUUGGCGUGCUUGAGUGUCUUGGCCUACUUCAGUAACUUGGCGUACUUGAGUGUCUUGGCCUACUUCAGUAACUUGGCGUGCUUGAGUGUCUUGGCCUACUUCAGUAACUUGGCGUACUUGAGUGUCUUGGCCUACUUCAGUAACUUGGCGUGCUUGAGUGUCUUGGCCUACUUCAGUAACUUGGCGUACUUGAGUGUCUUGGCCUACUUCAGUAACUUGGCGUGCUUGAGUGUCUUGGCCUACUUCAGUAACUUAGCAUGCUUGAGUGUCUUGGCCUACUUCAGUAACUUGGCGUGCUUGAGUGUCUUGGCCUACUUCAGUAACUUGGCGUACUUGAGGUACUUUGCCUACUUCAGUAACUUGAUAAAACUAAGGCAGACAACUCUCACGUCUGCAUCUAAGUCGUUUUACUCGAGUAAAAGUGCUUGUAGUUGUGGAUAACAAUCUUGAGAGGUUUAGUCUUCUUCUUUUGUAGUUUUCCUGUAUAUCGAUUAUUGCAUGAUUCAAUUGAAUGCUCGCAAUUAUGCUUGAAAUAAGCGCAAGCAUGACACAGCUCAACACUCGUGUGUACGCCAUCUUGGAAACGCACUCGAUAAAAGAGACUGGCGCUGACAUCUGACGUCAGCGUUUUCACAGCGUUUACGAAAAUAUACGUUUACGGCCGUCCACACGAAGACGCAUAAACGGCGUUUUCAAAUUUAUCCACUUUGGAGAGCGUUUUCGAAUUUAUGCGUUUACGGUGAGCGUUUUCAUCGUCUUCGUGUGGACGGAAGGCCUAAACGCAUAAAAAAGUUGGCGUUUACUAGCGUUUGCGUUUACAAUCGUCUUCGUGUGGACGGGGCCUUAGUGAAAGUCCCUUACGAGAGGUGAUCGCUUACAAGAAUCGAACCACAGGGGGCCUCUUCCAUGAAGAGGUUCGGGCACAUCUACUUUAUGGAAGUUAUUUUAUUGCAUACAAUUUCUAAGUUACGCCAUGUGUAGUUCCAUGUUGUUACAUAAGUUCUUAAGUAGCACUUUGCACACAGCUAACCGGUAUAGAGAUCAGAGAAGGCGUCAAGUGGUCGCUUUCAAGAGGUUAAGGUGGCUGAACACAGUUUUGGUAGUUUGUGAGUAUAUGUCAUUUGCAAAAUCAUGGCAAGAGAAGGGUUGCAGCUCACAAGCUAAAACUUGAAAGAAACAUGAACGAUUUUGAUUGACAGGUAAAAUUUCGUAGUUUUCGUAGUUUCCAUGGCAACAUGAACGAUUGAAUACAAUCGAAGUUAAAAUGGCCCAAAGAGAAAAUGAAAACAAUGCUUAUGCAAAAUUUUGGGUGACAAAAAAAAGCAUUGUGGUAUCAUGGUAUUUUCUGGUCCGAUCGUUAUCUGGGUAUGCUGCAAACUUGGAAAUCCACCCUUUCAUGUAAUUUACAACUAUCAGAAAAUCUUUUUUCAGUUCUGAGUCAUGGGCAGCUUGUUUUCGAGUGGAACAAACUCAACCGACCAACAACAACCCAGGUGAGAAUUAAUACUACUUAAAACAAUUUAUUCAUGAGUAAUGAAAUAUGAAAUAUGAAAAAUAGUACUGGGUCAAUCAAUAGUGGUAGAGCGUAAUUCAGUACUUAAAACUAACAAAAUAUCAUAGUGAUCAAUCAUGAUAUUAGACACGACGCCGUAAGUUCCUCUGGACCAAAAAACGAAUUUGUGAAAUGACGUUUGGUGGCUUCAAGAUGAUCUGAUCAGCCUGAUGAAAACUGUACCUUUUCCUUUUUUCAAGGUCAAUCAUCGUCACAUUAGAAGACGAACAAACCCCUGAAGUAAUUUGUAUUGGCCGUAUUCACAGUAGACACGGUUGAUCCGUAUGAGACGGGUUAUCCGUUGGAAAAUUCGCGUCAGCCAGAAAAAAAAAAAGAGGACUUAAGCCCCAUUUAUACCACAGAAAAACAAGGGUCCCAUAAAAAAGUUGGUACGGACCAGAUAUUUUUGCCAUGUAAACCUUCCGUACCAUGUUUUCAUGAAAUGGAUCCAGACUUGCUUUUUUCUGGUUUGGGGGCCAUCCGCCUAUGGCCCCAAAACCCCCCAAAAACGAGUCCGGACCCCUUUUGCUGUUCGAAAGCGCUGUGUAAACGCAUCUUCCUUCCGUACCAUCUUCUUCACGUGAGCCUGCCGUGCUUUACGGUGGUUUCGCGCAUGUCUACUUUUGCACUAUUUCACUAUUCAGCCUAAUCUGAUUGUUACGCGUGUAAACGGUUAAAAUAUAUUGGUCCGGACCACUUUUUAAUGGUUCCGGAUCCGGUUUUUCUCUAGUGUAAAUGGGACUUGAGGCACUAUCUAUGGUUGAAUUCACCGCCUAGCUAUUUAGGGUCUUUUUGACCGGACUACCUUUAACCAAAACACUGGGAUCAAACCUGGGAAAAAAAUGACCAAGGCAAGUGCCUCUGUUUGCCUCAUACUGGCUACGGCCCUGUAAUUUGAAAAUGGAACUGUCUCACAGUCUUAAUUUUGGAUGGACAAUCCGCCUGACUUUAUCCAUCUGUUUUUCCGUCAAUUUUGACGGAGAUUGAUUAUCCGUCUCUAGUGUGAAAACGGCCAAAGUUUCUUACUGCCUUGACUAGUUACUGAGAGUUGAGGUCGAUCUUUUUAGAGUAGGCGUGUCAAUGAUCAAAUUAUAUUUAAAUGGCUCUUAUUUAGAGUCUCUAUUUACCGACGUUCCAACACAGCCUCAUUCCCAGGACCAAGAGAGGGUCACAGUGAUCCCGAACUCUAAAACUAAGGAAAAAAAAAAAAACAAACAAAAACAAAACUGAACCGCAGCUGAAAUCUUAGGACCUUCCGUAUCUAUGUUUUCGCAGUAAAACAUUGAUCUGAUCAAAUAAGGGCAGUUCCCACUUUUGUUACUGCGCGUAAGUUCUGCACAUAAGGGGAAGAUCUGAAAGAAGCCUGCCGGACAUGUGCAGAGGAGCUCUGAGUUAAGAUUGCUCUCCUAGAAGGGUAGGAAAGGUUGGACGUAAAGUCAAGGUCCAGACGACAAAUAGCGUUCAUCAGUAAAGCAUAUUUUUAGCGUUAUUUCUCUAGCUGUACUUUUCUCGAAGUGACCGAACAAAACGGUAACACUGACGUUUUUUCGCGAGCUUGCAGUGUGUGUGAGUCCUAGGAGGCAAAAUAAAAUCAUAAGUCAUUCUACCGAUUUGUUACUUAACAGCGCGGUUCAGAAACUCGAAAUCAGCCUCUUGGUAGGCACAACUGGGAAGAAGCCAAUUUGAAAUUGAGACAUGCAGAGCCACGCAUUGUCGUGAAACUCGAUAUCUAAUUGGCUAUCCUCUGAGUGGCAUGCAGGUACAAAACACAAAUCACAGGUAACUGAGCUAAACAGUUUCCCCAGUUGAGCUAAAAUUCUAUUUUGGAUUGUGAUUAGGGCUAGGAGACACUUUUAGUGUUCAGGGGCACCCAACGUAAAUUUUCGGAAAAUAUCUGUUCGGAAGACGAAAAUACGUUUAACGAUAGUAUGUUUAAGUGGUUUUGAACUAUAUUCUCGUUGGGUGCCCCUGAGUGUUUUUUAUUUGCCAUAGCACGGUGACCUGUAGCUUAUCCUGCACUUGUGACCUGUGACCUGAGUUUUGUACCUGCCGUCCACAGACCGUUUUGGUACACCUAACUGCGAAAAUGUUGUCUAAAUCGACACGCUAAAAGAAAAAAACCAAAAAUACUAAAAGAAAAAGCCAAAUAGGAUUUAAUUAGACCACUAUAGGCUGCAUUCAUUUUCAGCGCAAGCGGGUUUUUCUCCAGGCGUAAAAACAAAUUGCCAAUGCGACGGCUGCACGCGAGCGUUACAAAUGAAUUCACCCCAUAGUGGUAUACUGGUAAACUUAUCUAAUUAACUCCUAUUUACCUUUUCACAUUUUCCUUUUGUAAUUUCCCUAUGACAAUGCUAUUGUAGUUAGGUGUAUUUCUACAUUAGUAAGUUGUUCUAAAAGUGACUUAGAAAAAAAGCGCUCAUGCAAAUACCCUUUCCUUGCCAAUUUUCUCUCGUCAUCUUUAACUUGCAGCAAAUUCAAGUUCAAGUCUGAUCUGAAUGACCAGCAGAUUAAGGCAAUCCGCAGCUCAUGGGGGAAGGUGUUACCAAACAAGGAAGAACAUGGAAAACUGUUAUUUUACAAGUAGGAGAGUACUAAUCCUCAACUUAAUAAAUACUUUUCUUUUUAAGUGAAAUAUUGACUUCAGAAAAGUUACUGCUCUAAUUAUCGAGUGUUCAGCUGUGUCUUCGCAUAAAAUGAAAACGAUCAACCUCGGACAAUCUAACUUUAGGGUGUGCCCAUUGAAACUGAAGUCAUUGAGCAGCGCUUAUAUGAGGCGCUGUUAGAUAUUUUUACGAAAAUGGGUUUAAAGUUUGAGUUUGUGGACAAAUGAAGUACUCCUUGAAAGAUAGCGUGAGACAAUGUGAGGGACUGAAAACCAAUAAAGCGCGAGGCAAAACUGCAACCUUAUCAAAUUACGCCUUCCCGUUGUCCUUUGUGAAUUCAAGGCGGCAUACCUUCAUGAACGACCCGAAAUACAAUACUUUGGGAAUAUUUGAAGUUGCCAAUAAGCAAACAGUAACAAAAACUUUAUAUUUGUUGUCCAAAUCUCCCUCAAUUCAUCAGCAACCUUCCUUUUGAUCAACAAUAACACACAAACACCGGUGAUAAACAUUGUGAGUUUUCGCAUUUUUAUAAACUUGACGUUUCGUAUGUUAUUUAACAUACAUUUUCAAAAUGAUCUUAAGUGACCGUUAAAGAAAAUGACGAGACUAUAUGCUGCAUUCAAAAAUUACAAGGGGUCUGGAAAUGAGAUUAAGAAUUUAAAAAUUCUUAACAGUAAUGAAUACAAAAGACAAUAGCUAAUAAAGCAUCAGUUUUUCACUGCUACCUUCCUUUUACUAAUCCAAUUGUUUCAACAGGGUAUUCGAGAUGGCCCCGCACUUGAAGGAUUUAUUUCCCUUUGGUAGCGACUUGACGCAGCCACAGUUUACUGAGCAUGCACUGAGAGUAAUGAACACUAUUGAUUUAGCAGUGAAGAAUUUGGAUAACCCGGAUGUACUUGUCCCAGCCCUGGAGGAACUGGGACGAGUACAUGCAAUGUUUCAAUUAACCAAUCGAGAGUUUGAGGUACGAAACUUUCUCAUUUAAAAAUGUUGUGCUCGUAAAUUUGGCUUUUAGGUCAGGGAGGAAAUCCUAUUGUAUCCUAUCGUGUAUUGCCCUAUGAGAACCAUAUUUAGGUUUUGUUUACGAGAUCUAUGAGGCUUUGACAAUUUUCAGCUUUUAUAAUAAAGCUUCUACUUCACACAUUUGGCCUGUGAGCUCCAAACAUGCAAAGUCGAACCGCAGGACGGAAAAGGCUGGAGCAAUUUUAGGCUUGGCGAUUUUCCAUUUGUGGUGUCCAUCCUGGGGCAUGCGCAAUUUUGAACAUUAUUGAAAGAGAAAAAAAAAACAUUCACUACUUUCACAGUAACCAUAAUACACAUUGUUUUCCCCCAAAAUUUUUGCAUAAGUAUUGUUUUCAAGUUCUCUUGGGAGGAUUGUAAAUCCCGAGUGAAAUUGGAAACAAAGCUUAUGCAAGACAUUUGGGGGUAAACAAGGUGUAUUAUGGGAAUGUGAAAGUAGUUACCAACAUCUGACACCGCUUUGGAAGUUUUUUUAGUACUGUAUAGACUGUGCAUCAAAGUCAUCUUAAAAGUAAUGAUGUCUCAAGUGGAACAAUAUCUGCAUUUUCCCAACUGUCAGUCUAAAUAUUUGUUACCCUGGAGAAUAUCAUGUCACAGUUUCCUGUUAGAUAGAUGCACAGACCUUCGAUUGGAGUGUCAGAAAAGGAUAAUUCAAUAAAUUCUCAAACUUUUCAUGGCUAAACAAAUGGUGCCAUGUUAAGUCUGUAAAUGAACUGUUCAAGCAGUUUUACCUGAUGAACAGUUCAGUACAGUUCUGAGACGAUCUGGGCGUGUCUUCCCCAUUAAUGCCAAAGUAUAUUAAUUUUCUCUCCUUUCAGUAUGUUGGACAAGCUCUUCUAUCAGUCCUAGAAGAGGGACUAGGAGAAGCUUUCACACCAGCAUUAAAGGCUGCCUGGACUGAUCUCUAUGCUAUAAUUACUGAUAUUAUGGUGACAGCAAUCACUGACUACAAUGCUGAUAAAAAGGACAACAAAACUAAUAAAGAAUAUUAAGUAAAGAAUGUUGUAGAACUAGACUUGUAAAAUGAUUAAGUACAAUUCAACAACAAUCGCUUUUUUAAAAUAUCAGAUUUACAUUUAGAAUCAUGAGCCAUGACUAAAGCUUGAACUAGAGGAACUAAGCAAAAAGUAGGUCAGAAAGUAGGUGUGGCAGUAAAGUCAGUAAGUUCAGACCCCACAAAGCAAAACAAAUGAUAGCUAAAUCAAUGAGAAAGUUGAAAAGCUUUGGAAAGCUACAUCAUGCAUUGUCUUAGUAAUAGUCUGAACCUGUUCAAUUCUUGUUUUUCUUUGUCUUAGUUUUAAAACAGUGAUUGCAACAUGUAAUGUUUUUGAGGCAGGUCAUGUUGGUUGGAAACUAGUGUUCUUUAGUUAUAUUUUGUCAUUUGGAUUGCCACAGGCAUUGCUGCUUAUCUGCAAUUCACUGUUGAAGAUGAAAAAGAGUUUAUAACUUCAUUAAUGCUCCAAAAGAAAACAAUGCACUUGGAAAGAACUCUACUACAUCAAGAAAAAUUAAAUAUAAAACUAAAUGUUACAAGAACACAUAACACCUUUUUUCAAUUGGCCUGUAUAUAUGAUUCGCUUGUAAGGGAAAAUGGCAUGGGCUUCAUGAUAGGGGAGAAGUAUGAUGUAAUCCUUACUCUGUUAGACUAUUAAAUGCUAAUUCCACACUUUUAGAAGUUUAAAACUAUGAUAUGAAUGCAAAAGUGAAAAGUGUGGAAGUAACUUGUAGAAAGAAAAGAAGGGAUCUACGUUUAAAAACUGCUAGAGCAAUAAAGAC